AUGAGGGAAACAGCUCCCUUAGCUGCUUCACAGAACAUGUAUGAGAACAAUCCUGAUGCCAAGUACGAUGGAGCACUGUCAAUUGGAGUUCCCCGUGAGCUAGCUGGCCUUCAUGAAGCAUGGUUGAAACAUGGGCAAUUGCCUUGGAGGACUUUAUUCCAACCAGCAAUUAAACUUGCUAAAGAGGGAUUUGUGGUUUCUCUAUAUCUCGAAUCAGCCAUAGUAGUCUGCCUUACAUUAGGAGGCAGCUCAAGUGUCUGGGUGGUCAGAGAUGAAAAUAAGCAUGAUGGGAAGUUGCAGUUUGAAGAUGCUGACAUUGUUCAAUCAGAGCAAGCGGUGGUUGCUUUGGAUGAUGGCCGUUGCUCUGAAAUUGGUGUGUCGAUGCUUAGCCAAGGUGGUCAUGCUGUUGAUGCUGCUGUGGCAACCACGCUGUGCCUUGGCGUUGUCAAUCCAUCUGCAAAUGGCAUUGGAGGUGGAUCUUUCAUGAUUGUUCGAUCUUCUUCAUCAUCAACUACCUAA